CAUUCACGCGCGAUGACGCAAAUUAAAGAUCGAUUGCGUCGAGUUGGGGCGUCCCGGCAAUCGGUAGAUUGCCGGGCAUUAGAAAUCGGCUGUUGGAGCAUCUGCGCGAUAAUGGAACCAGCAGUUACCCAUGGAGUUUUAUCGAAUAAUGUUAGAGCUCCCAGGAUAGAAAGGGAUCUAGAGGGAGUGACCACGGUCCUCUUGGUAUCGGCACGUCCCGGAAAGUCCGCACCACCACUUGGAAUAUUGACAAAAACGGCACGGACAUUUGUGCAAGAUGGCGCGAGUACCGAAUUCGCCACUCAGGUUGUGGGUACGACUCUGGACAACGGUCGUCUCUACGCGAGGAUUCUAUCUACAUCCAGCAGAGUAUUCUACGAUAAAGAGCCGGCGCCGGAUCCGUCGAGUCCCUACGUCGUUUAUCCCUCGAGGGCACCGGAAGAUGAUUGGCGGCUUCGCGUGGCUCUUGAUAACGCGCCAAUCAGAGCUAUCGAAGAGAUUGAAGUGCUGAAUAGCAACAGUAACGCAGAAUCGAGCGAAAAUAAAAAGGAGACCGGGACUACCUCGAAAUUGGACGAUCUGUCCAAAGAAAAUGACAUAUUCAAUAAAAGAGAGCUGAGCGCGGACACGCAGAGAUUUAAACCGGCGAAGGUUCGACCAGCCGAUAAUCUGCCCACUUAUACCGUCAAACAUGAAUACGUGUCAAACAACUUUGAUUCGCUCGACGAUGCGCAGUCAAAGACUUUCAGACCGCGAGUGCCGAAGAUCUUUAAGCCGCAGGUGAAAACUCCGCCGCAGAGGAAGGUGGAUCUGAAGCCCCUCGCCACGGUGACCUACCAUGGCUUCGCGGAUUUCACGACCACAGUCGGCGAUACCGUCAUCAUCUUUUCGCCGAGCACGUCGCCGGCGCCCAUGGGCCGUCCCGCUACCACGAUCAAAGGCGACGCCACGCUUCGUCCGGAUGACGGCGUAGCAGUAUUAAAGAUCCAGCCUACCACCGUAAUGGAACACGCGAGAACCGAUCGACCCUACGAGGGAGACCGGAAGCACGGCUCAGACGAUCAGCUUCUGAGCGCUAUUAAUCGCGGCAACAUUCAGCCAAGCGUUACCGAGGAAAUCGAUGUCGAGUCGUCCAAGAGAUCCACGGAACCAUUACUGCUGGUGCCCGAUGUCGAAACGGGAUCGUUGAAGCCGACGGGUCUUCUGAAAGUCAUCGAUUCCACUACUUCGUCGGACGGUACUACGACUCAUUAUAAGAGCCACAUUUAUGGCACAUAUAUCGGCACAAACUAUGCGCAAAUCAUUCACACAUCUUCGAACGUGUACUUCUUCCCGGAUGAUGCUACUGUAACGUAUGGAACUGAUGACACUACCGUGGACUACGGUACAACCGAAACGGAAUCCGAUGAUCAGGAUACCACCGUCGAAGGAUUGCCUUCUACCACGCCGACGACCAUCACGACUAGCGAGGAAGAGAUGAAUGAACUGACUACUCCGUUGAAAGGCACAACGGAUAGUGUCUUGACGACACUGAAGGACAUUUUAGAAAGCGCGAGGAGAGUAUUAGGAACGACCGAAUCGGUGCUACCGACUUUAGACGAUGAAAUUCCUAACGAUAUCGUGCCAGGAGAUCCUCAGGGUCGCAGUAUCAAAGGUGACUCUCGAAAUAAUCUUCAAUCUGACGGACAUAAGCACGAAUCCGGUUCAGACGUGAAAGAGAAAGCGACAUUAGCUACUAGAUUAUUACCAUCCACCGUCUACAAGACAUUCACGUACUUCACAACUUUCUUCAUUCCGGGCGACAGCGAUCACACUACGACGUCGAUACGUUCUCGGGAGGUAGUCUCUUCCGAGGUAACUUUCUUGACAGAGUUAAUCCGACCUACCGCGACCAAAAAUUUGAUUCGUCCUACUGCUUCUUUGCCAGGCACAAGGCAGAGAACGCCAAGCUUGCCCGAUGAAAUCGAAGAAGAGCAAACUACUAAACAAGAUGAAGAGAUAGAGCUCAUUUUCAAGACCCUAUACACGACGUACACGUAUUUAACGACGUUCUUCCAAGAAAAUACAUCUAGCGUAUCUAGUCGGCAGGUUGUUGAGACUAACGUUAUCACGCAGACUGUCGGGCCAAAUGGUGUUUCUGCCGUUGUCGCCAGUCUCUUCGAGAAAGAUGAAUCCGUUCUGAUAUCCCCGACGACGAUAUCGCAAAAUACCUUGCCGUCGGUAAUAACAAACGCUCGUACUCCCGAGGAUUUCAACAAAGGUACCGAACCGAUCUAUCGAGUUUCUGAUGAAACGACCGAAGGAGGUCUAACUACUUUCCAGCAACAGGAUACCACGUUACAAGAGAACGUUCCAACGGAAUCUAUUACGACUGUUGAUGAUUUCGAGACAUCCGAUGGAUGGACCACCGAUUUAGAACCGAGCCCUACUCCAGCUAUGGCGAGCGCAGCUGUAAAGGAACAAGUAAAGACGUAUUAUACGACGUACACAUAUUUUACCACUAUCUUUGUGGACGACGAGACGGAAAUCGAGACGCGAACCGAAGUCUUCACUAACGUCGUCACGGAGACUAUUACACCUACCAAGGUUCAAUCUGUUCCGCAAGAAACGGCUCGGCCAACGACACCGAGAUCUGAAUCUGUCAAAAAUAAAGCUGCAGCCCCUCCAGAAAUUUUAGCUUAUUUGGCAGCUCUUCAACGUCAGAAAUCACAAGAAGAAGCACUUUCACUAGCGAAAAAAGCCAAGCAAGCUAACACCGAGCGCACUGACGAAACUACUGAAAUUACGACAGAGGUGCCUACCACUUUAGAAGAUCGAUCCACCACUGAACGCUUAUUCCGCAACUUCCAAGUAGGCGCGCAAGUAACGCCCAAUCCUCCGACAGACGUGGAAGUUCUGGGCUCCAUGAUCACGGACGUCGUGUCCUCUUCCAGCUCUGGUGGUGGCACUGUUUUAGAUGUGGACCGGAGAAACAUCGUUCCAGAGGACCAAGAAUUAUCAGAGUCGAACAAUCAUGAGGUCGAGCCCGCACCGACGUUGCUACUGCAGACCAGUUACACGACCUUCACGUACUUCACGACAAUGUAUAAGGGCGACCAGACGAAUGUCGCCAGUCGUUUGGAAACAGUUACGAAUGUCGUCACAGAAACUUUGAGGCCAUCCCUCGUAGUGCCGGUUCCAACCAGCACACUGCCAGUAACAUAUUUCACGACCUUCACGUAUUGGACGACGUUCUACAAGGGUGGUGAUACUAUAACCACUAGUCGCGAGGAAACCAUCAGCAACGUUGUCACACCGGGUGUCUCACCUACACCUACGGUGGAGCUCGGUGUGAUAAUGACUUACACGCCAACUGUGAAUCCGCCAUCGGAGGAGAAAGCAGCCAACGAAGAGGAGUCCAAGAUCACGGCGGACAACGAAGUGACACCUUUCGGCAACGCUGGAAAAUCCAUCGCCGAGGAUACGAACGGACAAUCGCCGAUUACAACCAAACCUGAUCAGAACAUCGUGAACGCUUCGUCAAUUUCGCCCGAACCCACGACCUUCUACACCACAUUCACUUACUUCACUACAUCCUAUAUCGGAAAUGAGACAAUCUUGAAUAGCAGAUUGGAGACUGUAACGAGCGUAUCGAUACCAGACAUUGCGACACAACAGGCGACUGGUCGCGCGAUCGGUGGACCUGUGUAUCCGCCGAUUCAGACAAUAAAUACCGACGAGAAAACCGUGACACUUAAGGCGACCGAAACUCUGAAAACGGGCUUGAUUUCGACGAUACGUUCAAGUGAUAUACACGACGAUACCACGACUCACUACACGACAGAUGUAUACGGUACUUACAUAGAUGGAUAUUAUGCACGAGUGGUAAAGAGCUCGACGAGGAUAGAAACACCGCCAUUACCUUCUUCGUCGAUAGCCACGCCGGUUCUCCCUACGGGAGUUCUAUCUUUGAAUAAAGGAAGCGUGAUAGAUGCUGAUGAAGUCACCACCGUUUACUUUACGACUAAGCAAAUCGGCACGCUUUUCAAGGGUACUUACGCUAAAGUGAUCGAAAGUACAUCAAGCACCAAGAUAGACGAGGAAAGAAAAGCGAGCAUUCCGCCGACUCAAGGUCACCGAACAGGCUUAGUACGCUUGAUUCAAGGCCAGAUGGAGAAUAACAGUACUACCACAUUUUAUCAAUCAAAAGUAAUUGGCACGAGCAUCGAAGGAAGAUAUGCUCAGAUUAUCGAAAGUACUUCCAGCUUCUUUGUGCCGACUUCCACGGCAAACAUCUCGCCGACUUCCACUCUGCCUCCGAGUCAAUCGACGGGUAUCCCGGGAAUAUUGCCUUCUCCCGCCGUUAUCCAAUCUUCUUUAUCUGAAGACCACACGGCAGAUUCUGCCGAUCAAGACGAGGAUUCCGGUCAGAAUGAGGAAGAUGACGAGGAGGGCGAGGAAGGCGAUGACGGACAAAGUUCGAAGAAGAAAUCACGGUUGACGUUCUCGACGAGAAAGAGAACUUUCACGCCCGUGAUAAGACCGUUCGCCUCCAGGAAUAGGCCGACCUUCAAUCCGAAACGCAAAGGCGCGCAAGCCGCGACGACUAUUACCAGAACGGACAUAACUCCGACGAUAACUGCCACUUUGGCUGGUAAGGGUAACAGGUUCGCAUCGUCGCGAGGUCGCGUUACAUCACCAAUCGGGCCGUAUUCCUCGACGUUAUCUCCAUCAAGCUCAAGAAGAUUUUCAGGCAGACGCGGAACCGCCACUACUUCAAGCACGGCAUUCCCAGCGGGUAGUACCCGAGGUAGAGUGCAACCCAGAAUAACUCCGUCGUCCGCGUUUCAAGGCAACAGACGUGGCCCCACGUCGGUGAGAGGAUCCUCCGCCAGGGUUGCAACUCGCGCUUCGAGUUCCGCGUUUCCUGGUGCCACAUCGAAAUACCGCGCAGGAAUCCGACCAUCGUCGACGUUAUUGAGAGGGCAACCUACCGCCAAACAAGACGAUCAAGAGAACGACGCCAAUGAGUUCACCACGACUACGCUCGUAACGGAUGAAACGCCGUUUACAGAGUACUUCGACGGUGAAACCGUUACCACUCCUCUGCAAACUACGACAGAAUCAUCCAGAAGAUCUACGAAUCCGCUCCUCAGAUUCCGCAGACCUAUUAAUUUAAACAGUAACGGCAGGUCGGCAACUACUUCAAGACCACCGACGACUACAACGCCAAGACGAUCGGGAAAUUUAAACAGACCAAGCGCGCCAACGGUUCCUAGAGUAACCAAUGGACGAACAAAUUCUAGAGCCACUCCUCCGGUAUCUACGAGAACACGACCGAGCAAUACAGGUUUGUUCCCACCACGUGGACUGCUCGGUAGAAAGCAAGAAGUAACUACUGAAGAGCCAAUCAAAUCAAAUGAGGGACAAAAUGAGGGCAACGAAGGUUUCGAAGACGAACCCGUUGAAGAAAUAUCGGAUAAUGAUUAUGAAGGAUCGGAACAUGAAGACAGAAGAUCAAACGGAAAUGUGAAUCGUCGCUCUGGGAAAGCUGUUGGACCUGUCGUACAAAUUAGACCUUUCGGAGCCAGAACAAGAAGAAUUCGUCGUCAAGCUAGCCAGUUGAGGGCAUACAGCAGCCGUUUCCGUAGACCCGCUCAGUCGUCUUCUGCAAAAGCGGAAGAUAGAUCUGAUUCGUUGGACGCCGUAGAGAAUAAGGAAGACAUUGUAAAAAUAGCGAAACCUCCAGCUCGUUAUAAUAAUCGCGCGCGAAGUUUAACGUCUUCACCAUCGCAGAAAACGUCGAACAGUCCCGAUCAAACAGCGGAAACGUCGGAGCUAUCGAAUCAGCAAAGUAAGCCCAGAACCAGACCGAAGCAACCUAGUGGAAAUAGAAAUGGAUCUGUCAGAAUAAAACCAUCACCGACCUCAAGUAAUGGAAGACAGUUUACAUUGAGAGAAAAGGACUCAUCUUCGAACAGAUCAGGUUACAAGAGGCCAACUUCCAGUCCCAGACCAAGCAGUAGAUCUACCAGUAAAUCUGACAACGGAAGGGUUAGGCCACCGAGAUUACGAAAUGGAUCUUCCAAAUCGGACUUAACGAAUUCCCGAAGAGUACCAUCAUCUCGCUCGAGAUCAACAAACGGUAGAAGCGGGAACAACAGGAGGGUUUCUUCAAGAGGUAGAGGAACUUACGAGGACAUUCGGGAAGCGCCUACUGUAUAUCCAAACUUCGACGGGACCAUAACCGUAACACAUUAUGUACCGACGGAAGUAACAAUUCCUGUGGUGAACAACGGUGUCACGGAACAUCGAAAUAUUAUAACGGCACAACCAAGCACCGAAGUCCUCGGGCCCUCUCAGUAUAGCACAGUAACUGCUGGAGACGGAAAGCCACUCGUAGUGAUCGUUACUGAAGUGACGGGUACCAAUGUUCAAGGCCAGGCCGAAGUCACGCGAUUCUUGCUGCACCAGACACCCACCACACGUAUCUCGCACACCCUCACGAGCCUCGGUGGCCGUCGCGUCUCUCAAUCGGUUAUUAUACCCACGACGGUGUACUCCGUGGAGAACAUAGUUUCUACGGUUCAGCCUUCCUUGCCCGGCAACGCUCCCCUCGCCAAUAUUCUUCUUUCGCAAUUACUUCUGGGUCAAUUAGGUCAGCCGAAUCCUCUGUUACAACCCCAAGCUACGCCCACCACGCAAUAUAACACACGCACCACUUCCUACGUCACUACAAUAACGAAACAUCAGAGCACUAUUAUUCCUCUCACCUUUCGCGGGAAGGAGAUUUUGACGACUCUGGUCGACUCCUCGACCAACGUCGUUACAGCGACGGAAUUCAUAACGGACACCGUUGUGGUGACCCCAACGGUCGCGAUACCGGCGGCCAACAUAAAUUCCCUCUUGUUAUUGCUGCAACAACCACAGACGCAACCGCAGAACCCCAAUCCGUUGCUGGAUCCUCUGUUCGCGGCUGCUCCAUUCACGCAGAGUAACACCUUACCAGGAGAAGUCGAGAGAAGACAUCAGCCAGCCGAUUCCGAUUAUAGACACGACAGCGACGAGUAUUUCGAAGACGAUGUGGAAGAAUAUCAGAAGCCGUCCAGAUCACGCGGACGCGGUAAAUCGAACGACAAGAAAAAGGAGUCCAAAGCCUCCGCAGCUACGAAAGCUGAAUCUAGCGUGGUGACGCUCUACGUUUCCGGCCGCAGACCCGGAGAAUUCAGCACUGUUCUGAGUACUGUAAAAAUCAACGAUUCCGCCACCGCAUCCAGAAGACGAAGAGACGCUUCGGAAGGAGCCGUCGAAGUCCGGCCUUCCGUACCGCCGUCGUUGCACGCUGGACCAGUAGCCGUUGCCAUUCUGGCGGGAAGCGAAGAUCCUAUCGGCGCACACGCACCAACACAAAGUCUCGAGAGCGUAGUGGGUGACGUCGGACGGCACAUUUCCACGUCCAUCUAUACCUAA